UAAUAAUAAUAAUUUUAAUGAAUUAAGGAGAUUUUCAUUUCGUUUUGGAAAAGGAUUGGGUUCUAAUAAAUUAUUAUGUCUAAUGGCCGAAAAUGUACCAGAAUCACUUGAAAUUAUUGAAAUUAGAAUAGGGAUAUUUAGUGCUGAUAGUUUAAGAAAAUUUUUUGAAGGGUGGUGUUGUAAAGGAGAAGGAAGAAAUAAAAAGUUUAUUGUAAAACGUACAGAACAAGCACGACUAUUUAAAUUAAGUGAUGAACAUUUUAAAGUUAUUGAAGAAUAUGGAUUUGUUAAUGGAAAAAAUUUUAUUAGUGAUAAGCUUUGA